ACUGGAGACGGUUGUCAAGCAAAGAUGGCGGACAAACAAAGCUUCUUUGCUAAAAAAUGCCUAAUAUUCCUAUCUUUUUAGGACUUAUUUAACAGCCAUAUUUUAAAUAUAGAUAGCUAAAAUACUUAACAUGGGAUUGAAGAAGCAAAAAAGGCCAGUUACACCACCUUCAGACGAGGAAGAAGCGGAUGAAGAAUUCCUGAUUGAUCCUGAACAAAUCUUUGAUGUCCUUCCUCAACCCUUUCGACUUGUAGAUAAAACAGUCAAUUAUAUAUUCGAUAGAGCAUGGAAUAUCAUUGAAGGAAUCGAGGAUAAAAAGGCCUUGAAGCUGUCAAAAGAAUGCCUCCCUAGUUAUGACUGUGGCAGACCCCUGUUUGAUCUGAAAGAGCCAUCUUGUAUGUGUAGUGAUGAGGGCGGCAAGUAUCUGUUUGUAGCUCAUAGUAGCGGGUUUUCUGUGGUAGAGGCGUUGAUAGGACAAUGUGUGGCUACAAGUGAAGAUCCUAGUGCAAAAAAUGUCAAACAGAUGUGUGCUUCUCUUCUGUGUGAAGGAUUCUAUGUCCUCUGUACCCUUGAUAACAAUGGGGUAGCAAAGCUGUUUUGUUUCUUUGGAGAUCAAUUAAAUCUUACUAAAGUGUUCACAGAUGAGACAAAUAAACAAGCAAUGACAACCCUUGUGCAGUUAUCUAACGAUGGUAACUAUGUUGGUAUUAGUUGGGAGGUUAAAAAUACAGAGAACUGGUUUGAAGUUUAUCGAAUACCAAAGGAUUCCUGGAUUAAAGAGGUAGAGCCUGUGCUUCAGGUUCCUAAGUCCAGGAAGAUGACAGAAGAUAUGGGACAUCAUGACAGUAGUCUUGCUGAACAGCACAAGACCAGUGAGGGACAAGAAAAUGCAUCACUUAAGUCAUCUUCUUCUCCUCCAGCUUCUCGUCCUGGUUCUGCCCAAGGUGUGCCAUCCCAGUCCUCAUUCAGUAAGCUGAAUCUCAUUCUCAGAGUUCGUUCCCCACCAGCAGUGGGUCCUUGUGCUGCAACUAACUACACGGCAGCUCUAAAGUCUAUCGACCCUGAUAAUAAUGUCAUUGGUACUGGAGUCAAUCAUGUUUUGACAUCAGAGUAUUUUCAACAUUCUGAAAUGACUUUUAGGAGUUUACAUAAACAGAAAAUGCAGUACUUCCAAGAUGAUCAACAGGAACCUGAAGUUAGCCAACCUUCAUUUCAUUUCUUAAAACCAGGAAAGUUUGUUCCAACUGGUUUAGAUACUGCACCAAACAAGGUUAACUCCAUAGCUGUCUGGUGGACAGGGGGGACACACCUAUUUAUUUACUCACUCGUCAAGACAGCAAAAGAUAUUGAGCUAAAGCCUGAAGUUGUGUGGCCUAAUGCCCAAGAGAUCUGCACCAGUGCCGUUAGUAGUUGUAUGUCUGUAUUGGCUCUAGGGCUGAAGAAUGGUGUGGUUGUUAUAUGGGAUGUACAUAAUGGUCUCUUGCUAAGAGUGUGUCCAGUAACCAAUCAUUCUACUAUCACCUUCAUGCACUUCUUACCAAGCAGUAUGACACAGCCUUACUCAGAAGACCAACCAUCAUAUCUAUCAUCACCAGUACCUAUUGCAAAUCUAGCUGUCGCAUGUAGAGAUGGCAGCUUUAGGAUUGUCCAGUGUGGUGUAGCAUGCCGCCCACCCGUUAGAAUAAUGGUUGAUAAGUCUGCAGUAGAAUCAGAUGCCUUGAUAUCAGGCUGUUGUUUGUCCAAAACACCACAAGUGAUUGCAGUGUGUAGAGAGAGUGGACGUAUUACAUUAUUUGACACCAUCUCAUACACAGCAAUGUGCCACAUUGCUCUGCCACAACCAUACAAGAUAGAUUCUCUCUCAACCCCCUGUAUAGCUGCUGAUGGCCAAGUGAUGGUCAUCAAAGGUCUUUGUGCUGAUGAAGAUUCAGAAGAAGAAGACGAAGAAGGAGAAAAAUCUUAUACAUCGACAUUGUUUACAUUUCCUCUGCGUUCUUUCCCUUCAAUUGAUCGUUACUGGAGAAUGCCUAUAACCAAUGAACCGUAUGGUAUAGAUAAUACAGUACAUACCAAGAUGAACUCACUUAUACAGGAUAGAAUAUCAAGUCAGGGAACAAGGCAAUUACGUAUGCAGGAAAGAUGGGGAAAGCUGCAAGACGAACUGAAAAACAAACAGACCGAUAAAAAACGUAUUAAUGGCACAGUAUGGAUCACUAGACAACAAGUACAAGUUUAACGAUCACAACCAAGAAAAAAGCAUUUUAUUAAAUAUGUUUUAUACAGUUCUCUUUUAGAAUAUUAAAUUUGAUGUAAAUAUUGUACAUUUUUGUUUCUUGUCUUUGUACAAAGCUACAGAAGGUAUUGCAGUUACAUUGUUGGUCUUCAUUGUCGAUUAAAGACAAAAAGAUUUUCAUUGUGAGUGUUGUUUAUGCAUUAUCUACGAAUAAAGAACUUUUUCUUGGAACUUUA